UUGCUUCAAUUCUUUUCAACAAUCAAGUGGUUCGUCCGUAAGAUGUCAUACAAAGUGGAACAACUACCCGAAUCUUAUGGAUUAGUCGGUGAGGCUCCCCAUUGGGAUACUGAAACACAAAGCCUCUACUUUGUCGAUAUUCCAAAUGCUAAAUUGCUACGCUAUGACUACAAGGAGAAUAAAACUUACAGCGCUAAGGUAGAGAAUGAGAAACAAACUUCCUUCAUUGUACCAGUCGAAGGCGAGAUUGGCAAAUUUGCUGUAGGUUGUGGAUAUCGUGUGGCUAUCGUGGCUUGGGAUGGUGUGGCGCCUAUUGCGAAAGUGGAACGUAUUGCCUAUACACUGCAACAAGGCGACGAAGUUUGUAAACAUCGUUUUAACGACGGCAAGGCCGAUCCACGUGGUCGCCUUUUUACUGGUACAAUCUAUGGUGAUUUUAGAGAGUCUAACCCACUUGGUGAAUUAUAUCGAUUUGAAAAGGGGCAGCCAAUGGCAGUUAUAAGGUCGGGAGUAACCCUUUCCAACGGUUUGGCGUGGAACGAGAAAACAAACAAAUUCUAUUAUAUCGACUCAAACGAAUACGAAGUAAACGAGUAUGAUUAUGAUUUGGAUACGGGCGUGGCCAGCAACCCUAAAAUAGUCUUCAAGCAUGCCGAUAUGCCCGAUGGCAUGACUAUUGAUACAGAGGGAAAUAUUUAUGUUGCCAUCUUUACAGGUCAUACCGUCUAUAAGGUGAAUCCAAGCACUCGAGAAAUUUUGCUGGCAAUCAAAUUGCCUACCUUGCAUGUAACUUCUGUGGCUUUUGGCGGACCAAAUUUGGAUACUUUAUUUGUAACUACCUCGUCGUUUGGCGAUGAACCUGCUCCAGCUGGCUAUACAUUUAAGGUUACUGGUUUGGGUACAAAAGGAUUGCCAAUGAGGAAAGUAAAAAUCUAAAACACCAAUGUGUAUAUAUACCUUUGAUUCGAACUGGAAUGCUUAUUUGUAGUAUCACUAAAAUUUUCUUUACCUUAAUUUGAAAAUAAAUAACUUGGAAGUGAAA